CCUCUACUUCUAGGUACUAGAUCUGCUGCCACCAUCACCAUUCCCACCACCACCGUCGCUACUUCAGACAGUACGGCUACAUUUCGACUUUUGCCCAGUCCUCCAUAAGUACGGCAAGCCGAUCAAAUGGUCGAGCGAUCGUGAAUCGUGAAUGGUGGAUGGCGGGUCUUGGGCCUCGUGGCCCACGUGGGUCGUGUCGUCAAGUUCGAAGCGGCACACCGUCGUCUCCACACUCACUUCGAGAUCUCAGACCUUUUAGACUCUCUUUUUAUUCUCUCGUGGUUCUUGUCCUGAGGAGGAAGUGCAUUCGAGAAGUCUCGCUUUCGAGUUUCGAGUUUCGAUCCUCGAAUUGACGCAGAUCAUCGCCCUUCACAAAUCGGACCUGAAAUACUCUCUUCGGGAGAACAGAAGCCAAUUCCAAGAGAGGCGUUUCAAUUGCUUCGUCAUUCAGUGCUAGUGACCUUCUCCCUACCUCUUUGGAAAUCUUGUUUGGAAUUAAGAUGGCUCUCAAACUACGAUUAACGGUCGGGUUCGCCUUGAUUCUGGCAGUCACGGCUGAUCACGCCUCGGUCUUGCUUUCCAAUAGUGUCUCUGUUCCGGUCUCGACCUCUUACAAUGCGGCCGAUUCGUUUGCGUCACCUUCAUCUUCUUCCUCGGCGUCCUCGUCGUACUCUUCAUCCGAUCAAAGUGGAAGUUAUACCGUGGAAGAAGAAAGUCAACCGGUUGUUAACACUUACUCGAUUUCAUCCACCGAUACAAAAACAACGAAGACUGAAUCAGCCCCGUCCGUGUCUGGAACUCCCUUCAGCGGAAAUCUCUAUUACUAUUAUCCCGUGGCUGCUUAUCCCAUUGCCGAUCCUAUUUCUAAUAAGGAUUCUGCCUCCUCAUAUGGAAACAAUUACGUCCAAACUGAGGACUCCAAUCUUAGUCCCUUGAUCUAUCUACUCGUGCCAUUGGUCAUUCUGAUCGUGGCGAUUCCCUUUUUGGCGCUCUUGGGAGUGAAUGUGACCGGGUCUAGGCAGUUCCUGUCGGGGCGAUCCAAGGAUCUCGAUGAAAAGUUCGGCUCAUUCAGCGAUCUUCAGCGUGAGAUUGAUGUUCUGUUGGAAAAAUAUGUGAAUGCUCUGGAGUCGUACCAAUGCAAGGACCGGAUCGUUUGCGAACUGGGAGUCAGAGCCCAAGGCCUCACCGGCAAAGAGAUGUUUUUCAGCAUCGUUGGGUGGCUGGCUCCGGAGCACUCAAUUCUCGUGAUGGCAGAUUAGAUCUGCUCCGUGAUGCUGCUACUAAGGAUUUCACAAUGGAAUCCUGCAGCAGGCCUACGAAUGUCACCCUCCGGCCAUCGUCCAAGAGGGGCUCACGAAAGAGACCAUAAUGUCUCACUUAGCACCUUCCAAUUCUCCAUAAUAAUGCCUAACAAACAAAAACAGCUAAAACAGAAGCAAAUAUCAUCAAUGCCUAGGAAAACAAUUCAUUAAAUGUUAAUAAAACACUGAUGCUCA